UAGAGCUUCACAAAAAAAUAAAAUUAGAAAAAAAACAAACGAAAACAAAACGUUUUAAUUACGGCAAUGUCACAAACAAAUUGAAUUGAAUUGCCAGUGCAGUGACAAAUGAAAUGAAAUUAAAGCGUCUGAUAAAUUGAUUUACAAAUGCAAAACAAUUGGCAGCCGCCGAAAAAGGGGGAAAACGAGCAAAAUAUCAACGUCAACAAUUACAACUAUUGGAACAACAACAGCAACAAUAAAAUGCCGGCAUCAAGUGGAUUAUAUCGCAUCAAGCACGGCCGUGUCCUUGACGGGCUGCAAAAACCCGCGGCACUUAUUUUUAUUAUAGCAUACAUUGCGGCAUGCGGCAUUUGCGACCACACGGCCUCGGCAUCAUCAGCAUCGGCGCCGGAGGGUGGAAGUGGACCAUCAGAAGCCUCCACAUCCAGCGCACAGCCAUCACUGCGGCAUAUAAAUCAAAAUUUAAUUAUGUCGCAGUCCAAGGAGGCUGAGGCUGAGCCAGAGCCAGUGCCCGUGCCGCAGCCUUACGCUGCCCAGAGUCCUGGACCAGGAUCCAUAGCUGCCGUGGGAGGAGGAAGUAGCAGUGGCAGUGGCAGCAGCAUCACCAGCUUCGACUCCACGAACGUGAUCGAUGACAAACGCCAGCCAACGCCCACACACCUGCAGGAGCCGCAGCAGCAGCAGCAGCACUCUCACUCCCAUUCACGCAUCCAGGCGAAGGACACGGCAGGACCCUAUCCCAUACCCGUCCACCGGCCAGAGCCGCAUCCAGGGGAGAAUCAUCUGGAGGCUGGAGGGAAUGGCCUGGACGGUGGCCUGGACCUAUUCGGCACGCCCAUGUACUUUGGCACCGAGAACUCCACGGUGGUGACCACGCAGAUCGGGGCCACCGCCCAUGUACCCUGCACCGUCCAUCACAUCGGCGAGGGUGUGGUAUCGUGGAUACGCAAAAAGGAUUAUCAUCUGCUUACGGUCGGCUUAACAACCUACAGCAGCGAUGAGCGAUUUAGUGCCACGCACUUGAAGCAUUCCGAGGAUUGGACACUGCAAAUCAAAUUUGUGCAGCUACGUGAUGCCGGCGUCUAUGAGUGCCAGGUGUCCACCCAUCCGCCCACCUCGAUUUUCCUGCACCUGAGUGUCGUCGAAGCGCGCGCCGAAAUCUCCGGACCCCCCAUACGAUAUUUAACGCCGGGCUCAACUCUGCGACUGCAAUGCCGCGUCGUACAGAAUACCGAGGCCUCCGAGUAUAUAUUCUGGUAUCACGACAACCGCAUGAUUAACUAUGACAUUGAUCGGGGCAUUAACGUGUCCACGGAGCCAGACUUUCAAUCAUCCGAGCUUACCAUCCAGCGAACACGGCGCGAGCACUCGGGAAAUUUCACCUGCGUGGCCAGCAACACGCAGCCGGCCAGCGUUUUGGUUCACAUCUUCAAAGGCGACCAUCCGGCUGCCAUGUAUCACGGCCAUGUGGGCGGCUCCACGAAGACAAUGCAGUCCCAGCUGCAUAUGAUUAUGAUAAUCAUUGCCAGCGGCUAUCGGAUAUUCCACACGAGUGUAUAUAUGAAGAUCGUGUAAACGCUUAAAGGUGCCGCGCGAUGGCGGAGGAGAGAGCAUUUGUAACUAUGUCAUCGGCAGGAGCCGGAGGAGCAGGAUCCCCUCCCCCAUAUGGAGGCCCCUGAAGGAAGACCUAAUCUAACACUAACUUUAGUUAUUUCUCUACUACUUACUAAUGGCAUCUCCCGACAUACAUACGUACUACCCUACACCUUAAGCAGGGAUGCCCGGGCAGGGGGCAUCGCUGACCUACAGUCUAAGCCAAAACUAUCAGAAUCAAACUUAAGAACUCAAUCUCUCUACAUAUGUCUAAAGUCGACAGGUGUGCAUGUAUACAGACAGCCCUUUAGUCCUUUAGUGCGUGUGUGCUUGUGUGUAUGAGUGUUUUUGUUUCGUUAAUGUAUAAGUGUCGAACUUGGCCAAAAGGAUGCAGCCUGUGCCGCAGAUGUAUUAUAUAUAAAAAAAGGUAAACUUUGCAGACUACUAACGAAACUUAAGAGAGAGAGCGCGGGAGCGAGCACCAGGAGCUUUUAUCCUUCAGAUAUUUUUCGUCAACUCAAGGAUCCUUCGCGAAAUCCUUGCGCGGCUUACACCAGCCCAGCUCAACGUUCAGAACUGACGUGCAUUUCCAAUCUAGAACUCAUAUUUUUACAAGUUAAGAACUUAGUUUCGGCAAGCGCAGCCACAAAGAGGGACAGACACUCAAUCAUUCGGAUCUGAUUUACGCAGCAUUGUACAGACAACCACUUAACUGAUUAAAUGGAUUUAGCUAAAGGAAUUUGGUUUUACCCGAAGAGGACCUUGAGAAUUAAGCUGUAAAUAAAUUAUUUGUUAAACUAAACUAAACUAAAUUACAUAAAUAAACUACUGCGGUUAAGUGAGUGGUUAUUUGCACUUGAUGCAAAAAAAUUAAGUUUAAAGCAGUUUGGUAAGAAGUUGUUAAUCAAAAAGAAAGGAAAACAUGAGAAAACAUAAGAAAAGGAAACGAAAACCAAACAAACAUGAAGCGAACAGAGUAAUCAAAAUAAACUAAUUGUCUAACUUAAGGGAUAUUUAGCAAUUUUUAAUUAGUGGACAUAACUUUUAACUGUCUUAGCAAUGGCGACUAACUAAAGGAGCAUUCGGGGAGAGAAGGCUUCCAUUGAGUAUGUGUGUAAAUAUCGCAGAAAUGAUUUCUAGCCCGUAAGUCUGUGUAGUUAAAUGUAACGAAAAUUAACAAAACCAAGACAGAGAAAACCAUCAAACG